AUGAGCAACGAACUAAAAUAUGUUCUUCUACCAAGAAUUGAAGAUCGUCGACGAACACCUAAAUUUCAGCCAUGGCCUAGAAAUAAUUCAAAGUAUCGAGAACGCCUUAGAAUGAAAUAUCCAUGUAAUAUGGACACAAAAAAUUGGAAGUUUGUCAAAGAUGGUUUAGACGAUUUUCGUGAUGGUUUACCACCUCCACAUGAUGAUAUUAUGUUACAACCGGAAAAAGGACCAGGUCCCGUUGUACUCUCUCAAAAUCGUCAAGUGAAAGCAAGCGUACGAGACAUUCGAAGUAGUCUUACCGAUCAUCAAAUAUAUCUUAGUCGUGAACUACCAACUGCUGAAAAACGUCGUCAAUUAAUAGAUAGUUAUAUAUCAGCUUUACUCGAUCAUCCUUUGGCUUUAUUUCCACAUUUCAAUGAGACAUUACCACCGGAUCUUUAUGGAAAACUAACAAGACUGUUUGAAGCUGAAUUGUUACGUGAAACUAAUAGUGAACAGGAUUUAUUAGCCGAUGAAUGUCCAGAAAUUUUAACAGCACGGUCGGAUUUUGCUGUACUUCACGAAGAAGCGAAUAAUGGUGAAAGAAGUGUCAGUAGUGGUUCAAAUGAAUCCGAUAAUCAAUCACAAUCAGAAAAAACGGGAAGUAAACAAAGUUCGACACGACUAGGAAGAAGUACAAUAGUAUUCGAUGAAUCAGGAAACCCAAUUGAUUCUGGCGAACUUGAAAGAAAACAGAAAAAUCCUUAUCGAUGGUUUAUUGAACAACAACAAAAGAAACAAAAAGCUAAAGGACCAACAAAGGAAGAAGAAGCAACUUCGGCUAUGGAAGCUCAUCUGCGAAGUGCUUCGGAAGAUUUUUGUAAUUGGUUAUAUGCCUUUGGUGAUGGAACAAAUCUUGAUGUCGAUCCAUCUGUUGUUCGAAAUUUAUUUUCGACUGCUUAUGAUACAAAACCACCGUUAAGCGUACCAAUUAAAGUAGUCGAAAUGACCAGAAUUCCACCGGAACUACGAGAAGGUGCACAAGAAUCAAUGAUGCCGACGACACGACAUAGGAAAACAACAUUUCCUGAAUUGCAAGUCAGCUCGAGUCUGCCAAGGUCGAAACGAUUUUCUUCACAGCCUAGUCUUCGAGAAUCGCAAGCAAGAAAUAGUCGAUAUGGCGCAUGGUAUCUACCUAAAAAUCUGUGGCAACAUUCUUUAAAAACUGAUGAACUGCAAGAUCCAAAAGUACUUCAAGCUGAACGUGAAGAUCCAUUAAGAAAACGAGAAGAACAAAUGAAUUCUCGUUUGGCACCAUUACACGGCAUUGACGCUUUCAAAGAAUAUUUGGUUGAAAAAAAUGUUCGCCGUUUACCAAAAUUGAUAAUUGAUGUUGAACAAUAUCGUCUCGAUAAUCCACGUGACGUAGCCAAUACAAGCAGUGAACUUCAACCAAAGAAAACAUAA